AUGAUGCUUUCAGAGGUCGAAUCGUGGGUUCUAGACGAGUCUGAUGGCGCCGACGCUGAUCUAGGUCCACCUACUGAUAGGGGCCCACCAGGAAGGACCUGGGCCUCCCGAGGGGCCCCACAAGAGGGGUCCCCCGGAGCUCCCUCAGGAUCUGCAGUAGACUUGGAUGAUUUCCUAGGGGACUACGAGCAGCCACAGACGUCAUUAUGGGCUACAGGAACAGAUGUCGAUCUGUCGCCUCUGGGGCCCGGCACGAAUGACGGUGCAGCAGCAGCAACAGUAGCUGCUGCAACAGCAGCCGCAGCAGCAGUUGCCAAAGACAGAUCUAGCUGGCCGCUUCUUCAGUCAGAGGAGCCGGCCCGCAGUGGGCUUACCAGGAGGACAGGGGAAGAUUCAACUGACCCUCGGAGGCCUCUGCAAGGGCCCAAACCCCCUUGGGCUCCCCCCAGCUUGAACUGCAGUGACAAGCCAGCAUCUGGUUCUUUAGGUCCUACGGCGCUUGGGCGCAUGCGCUGGGUGGAGAAUUGCUUUUGGGACUUCAUGUCUCACGGGAGCAUCCGUGGCUUGUGUCGCGAAGUAUAUUCUUCUGUCUUUCUGUCAUAUUUAUAUGUUUUUGUCUUGCUAGUUAAUGGGUGGGUGUUGCUGCGGUGGCUUUCCCUGGCCCCCGUGGACGGAAUUCUCGUUACUGCGGAGACCUUCGUUUCUUUCAUGCUCAUUUUUGAGGUUACCCUCAGGUCAAUUGUUCUGGGCCCUGCCUGCUUAUCGUCAUGUGCCCACAUCUUUGACUGUGCCGUCACUGCCAUCUCCGUGACCCUCUUUAUCAACAGCGGAGAUCUCCAGUCACUUUUCAAGGCUUCUCGGGCCCCUCCUGUGCCUCACGGGACUUCUGGGGCCCCAGGCGCCGCUGACGACGUCCUGAGAGAAUUUAUGACGGCGCUGCGGAUCGUCACGCAAGUUGUGCGUCUCGUGCCUCUCGCAAUGCACCAGAAGCGAGCGAAACUGCCGCAGGAUGGUGUCGACUUCUCGCGUUUGGACCCUUACGACGACCUCUGA